AUGUCUGAAUUCAUCAAACGACAGCUUGUUGUAUUCGAUUUUGACUGGUCGUUGGUUGACCAGGACUCAGAUCGAUGGAUAUUCGAAGUUUUAUGCCCUGAGUUGCGACGAAAGUUGAAUGACCUCAAACGCGAGGUACAAUGGACCGAUCUCAUGUAG